GUGCUGAUCAUGGACCACUCGAGCACGCGCAUCCUCUCGUCGUGCUGCAAGAUGUCCGACAUCGUGGAUGAAGGCAUCGCACUUGUGGAAAAUAUUCAUAAGUGCCGGGAGCCAAUCCCCAGCCUGGAGGCCAUCUACCUGCUCAACCCUGUGGAGAAGUCAGUGCAGGCUCUUAUCAGUGACUUCCAGGGCUCCCCCACCAACUACAAGGCAGCUCACGUCUUCUUCAUCGGCCCCUGUCCUGAACCUCUGGUCAAGGAGCUGAGGAAGUCACGGAUCUCCAAGGCCAUCAAAACCCUCAAGGAGAUCAACCUGGCCUUCCUGCCCUACGAGAGCCAGGUGUACUCCCUAGACAGGCCACAGACCUUCUACAACUGGUUCAGCCCCUACCGCUUCUGGGAAAAGAACAAGGAGCUGGAGAUGAUGGCAGAGCAGAUUGCCACGUUGUGUGAAACCCUGGAGGAGUAUCCAGCCAUCCGCUACCGGAAGGACGGUGAAGAUAACUUCCACGUGGCUCACGCUGUGCUGGCCAAACUCAAGGCACACGAGCCCAGCAUGGGAGAGGGCCCCGACAAAGCCCACUCUGAGCUGCUGAUCGUGGACCGGAGCUUCGACCUGGUGUCCCCACUGCUGCACGAGCUCACCUACCAGGCCAUGGCCUACGACCUGCUCAGCAUCGAGAACGACACCUACAAGUAUGAGACGACAGGGACCAGCGACUUGCAGGAGAAGGAGGCGCUGCUGGAUGAAGACGACGAACUCUGGGUGCAGCUACGCCACAUGCACAUCGCUGACGUCUCCAUGAAGGUGACGGAGCUGCUGCACGCCUUCUCUGAGAGCAAGAAUCUGACCACGGACAAGGCCACCAUCGAGGACCUGUCCCAGGUGGUGAAGAACUUGCCCCAGUACCUGAAAGAGCUGAACAAUUACUCCACACACCUGAACCUGGCUGAGCACUGCAUGCGGCACUUCAAAGGAUCGGUGGAGAAGCUGUGCGGCGUGGAGCAGGACCUGGCCAUGGGGACGGACGUGAACGGGGAGAAGAUCAAGGACCCCAUGAAGAUCAUCAUACCCAUCCUGCUGGACCCCAGCGUGCAGGCCUAUGACAAGAUCCGCAUCAUCCUGGUCUACAUCUUGAAGAACGGUGUGAGCAAGGAGACCUUCCGCAAGCUGAUCCAGGAUGCCAACAUCCAGCAGCAGAGCAACAUCAUCCACAACAUGCAGCUCCUGGGCACCUCCCUGUUUGGGAGCAAGCAGCUGCAACCCGAGAGGAAGGUGCGGCUGGAGUCCACCUACCAGCUCUCCCGCUGGACCCCCAGGCUCAAGGACGUCAUGGAGGACAUCAUUGAGGACAGACUGGACAGGGAGCUGUGGCCCUUCGUCUCAGACCCGGUCCCUUCCACCAGCUCCCAGGCUGCUGUCAGCGCCCGCUUUGAGCAUCGGCACAAGAACAAGCCAGUGGCUGAGUACCCGAUGGUCCCGCGCCUCCUCAUCUAUGUGCUGGGUGGGGUGUCCAUGUCUGAGAUGCGCUGCGCCUAUGAAGUGACCCAGGCCAGCGAGGGCAAGUGGGAGGUGCUGAUCGGUUCCAGUCACAUCCUGACCCCCAAGAGUUUCCUGGAUGACGUCCAAACCCUCAACCGGCUGGCCCCUGAGGAGACCUAGAAGCAGCCCCCUCCCUCCAGAGACUCUGCCCCCCACAGCUCGCUGACCCCAGCUCCACCUGCUUUUCUCAACAAGGCACCUUCCUCCCCUA